ACCAAUGGAACAUUCCAAAGCCUCUACUCAUUUGAUACUUAAAUUCUCUCCUUUCUCCUCUUUCCUCUCUUUCUCUCUCCUCCUUCAUCUUCUCUUCUUGAACUCUGCUAACUCAGAAUAUUCGCUUUUUUCUUUUUAAUUUUUUCCUCAUUCUUCGUUUUCAACUCUCCAUAUAUAUUCAUCUUCAUCCGCCAUUAUCACACUCAACUUCAAGAAAGAGAGAGAAAGAAAAUUUAUAGAGAGAGAAAGAAUCAAAAAGUCGUUGACUGAGAUUUUGACGGAAAUUUGAUCACCGGAAAAUUAUCGUUUCCGGCAUUUUCAUUUUCGAUUCUUUUGUUUUUUUAUCAAUCGCGUGCGUGAAAUCCCUAAUUUUGAGUUAAUUUGGGGUUUUUUUCGACGAAUUUGGAGUUUUUGUUUGGAAUGAGGUUAGACGAAGAGAGAAUGGAAAUCGGUAAUGAGGAGGAGAGAAUGAGUGAUUUAGAGAUGAAUCCGGUUUCAAAUUCGGGUUCGUUAGCGUCAGGGUUUUCUCAGCAAGUAGUUGUUGGUUACGCCUUAACAUCUAAGAAGAAGCAGAGUUUUUUGCAACCUAAACUUGAAGUUAUUGCUAGAAAUAAGGGUAUUUUAUUUGUUCCCAUUGACCAAAACCGGCCUCUGGCAGAGCAAGGUCCUUUUGACGUUGUUUUGCAUAAGCUAUUGGGAAACGAAUGGAGCCAGGUUCUUGAGGAUUACAGACUCAAACAUCCAGAAGUAACAGUUCUUGAUCCUCCUUUCGCGAUACAAUGUGUGCGAAACCGACAGUCCAUGCUCGAAGAUGUUGCUGCUUUGGGCUUGGCUGAUUCUUACGGUAGAGUAUGUGUACCUAAACAGCUGGUUAUCAAGAAAGAUCCUACAUUGAUUCCUGCUGAGGUUGCUAAAGCUGGAUUGAAACUCCCAUUAGUGGCAAAACCGUUAUUUGUAGACGGAAGUGCAAAGUCACAUGAGCUCUUCCUUGCUUAUGAUAAUGUCUCUCUAUCUAAGCUCGAGCCCCCACUGGUUCUUCAGGAGUUUGUUAAUCAUGGUGGUGUCAUGUUCAAAGUCUAUGUAAUCGGAAAUGCUAUAAAGGUUGUGAGGCGAUUUUCUCUACCUGAUGUCUGCAAGCGAGAACUGUCCAAGCAUGCUGGAGUUUUUCAGUUUCCGAGGGUUUCAUGUGCUGCAGCAAGUGCUGAUGAGGCAGAUCUGGAUCCCGGUGUUGCAGAGCUUCCUCCAAGACCGUUGCUUGAGAGGCUUGUUGGGGAGCUUCGCCACCGAAUGGGGCUUCAGCUGUUCAAUAUUGAUAUUAUCCGUGACUAUGGGACAAGAGAUCUAUUUUAUGUAAUUGAUAUCAACUACUUCCCUGGUUAUGGAAAAAUGCCAGAGUAUGAACACAUAUUUACUGAUUUCCUGGCGGGUUUUAGGGACAGCAAGUACCAGAAGUAGCUCUGUAUAUAAUAAGUUCCAGAGCUUAUGUAGCCAUUGCCCAUUGGCAUAAAACCUGCUUGCAGCUUUUGGCCAUCCAUUGAAAUGUGGAAUACAUGUCAUGAUCCCUGGUUUUCUAAUUGCUGACUGGUAUGAAUGACCCUCCACAAAUGCUUAGCUUUUUAACAGUAAAAGCAUUAAGGUUCGAAUGCUAGUGGCUUUUUAAUCAAAGUUUGUAAAUCAAUCUUGUUUAUGUAAAUAUGUAAUCAGGUAAUAUCUCAUCCUUGUUAAGGGGCACUUUGAUCCGUGCUCUGGACUUGGCAGGAACCAAGUUGUUUGGUAUUGCGGAAAUUCUGGUUACCUGAAAGCAAUUACGAAUUUACGAUUGAAGCUAUUAUAUGUUUAUAAUCCUGCAACCCUAUAUUGAAUUUCUUUAGAUUUUUGAUGUAUCUAAUCCUAGAAACUUGUAAUUAAUAAGGAUCAUCUUCCUUGUCUAUUAAGAGCUAAUUUUUUGAUUUUUA